AUGACAAAGGGCUAUAAUCAGGAGUAUGGCCUCGAUUGUGAUGAUACCUUUGUUCCAGUUACCAAAAUGACUACUGUACGAGCUUUGAUUGCUGUUGCUGGAACCCGAAAUUGGGAUAUCUGCCAGAUGAAUGUCAAUAAUACCUUCUUGCAUGGGGACCUAUCUGAAACUAUUUAUAUAAGACCAUCACCAUGGUAUCUUACUUCGUCUCCUCAUAUGGAUUUGGGUUAUAUUACCUAUUUCUUACAAUCGGAAAGCUCUAUAACACCAAAAAGCUAUCUGGUUAGUCAAAGAAAAUACACCAAGGACCUCAUAGCGAUGGUUGGACUCACAGAUGAUAAACAAGUGGACACACCAUUGGAAAUGAAUGUCGAAUAUAGCAAGACUGAGAGCGACCCCAUCACUUAUCUGACUAUAUAUAGGAGGAUUGUUGGAAGCUUAAUCUAUCUUACCGUCACACGACCAGAUAUAGCUCAUGCCGUUCUAGGAAGUGCUCUCAAUUUGUUCGAUCUUUUUCAGACUGUGGUAACCAAUGCAAGAAACAAAGUUAUUCUGGAACUGUUGCAAUUUGUGUUCCUAACCCAACCGAACCCAAUUCCAUUAUAUGUUGUUGUCUUGAUGAUUAAAUUCAUUGCAUUUUCAGAGGAAGUGCUCUCAAUUUG